CAUUUUGCUAUAAAACCGAUACUAAGUAAUGGAAAACGCUAAUUACACGAAUACAAUAUUGCAGGCUAAUCAUGAAAUAGCUCGGAUCGAGUUUGGGAUGCUUCUCCAGUUAUUGCCUCGUGUGUUAUACGAGGCGAAGUGCGACGACAACUGGAGGAUAUGGCUAUCGCAAGUCGCAUUUCAAAAUAUGUAUGUAUGUAGUUAUACAAAACAUAUGUAAAUUCGUUCCCAUCAAUGUAUUUACCGGUUCUUGCAAGUUAUUAUUAAUGUAUCUACUUAGGUAGGUAUAGAAUUGAUUCUGUGUAAGUAUAAUAAAAACUAGAAAACACGUUUUAAAUUUCAUAGACCAGUACUACAGACUUAAUCGUACGAGUACAUACACUAUUACGUAUUUAUAACGUUUACUUAUGAAUUUAUGAUAAUACCUACCUAGUUUUUAAAAUUGUUGUCGAACUGUGAUUUUUUAAAUUUUUCCCCUAAAAAUCGUGUGCAUGAAAGCUAACAAUAAGAAAUAAGCAUGCAUCAUCAAUUUAUCAGGUACCUAUACCAUUUUCAAUGAUUGAGUGCAAGUUAUACGUUGAAUUUGAUUAUGAAAACGGAUACGCCAACAGCUAUGGAAACCAAAGGUGUCUCGAUAACGUGGAAAAAUCUCACCAUCAAAGUUGAUCUCAAGACACAGCAUAUGUUUCGAAAUACUACUCGUACUGCCAAAGAAUUAAUUCAUAAUGUGAACGGAUAUGUGAAGCCGAAACAUUUGGUGGCCAUUUUUGGAGCAAGUGGAUCAGGAAAAACUACCUUGAUGUCAGUGCUAGCAAAUAGACAGUCAGGAGAUUUCAAAGUGAUUGGAGAUAUACGAAUAAAUGGCCACAACAUUCCACCUGAACUGCUGAAGAGAAUUUCGGGAUUUGUUUACCAACACGAUUUACUUGUUCAUACAUUGACUGUUUCAGAGCACUUGCAUUUAGCGGCACAAAUAAAAUUAGAUAAGAGAAUCACCACCGAAUGUCGUGAAGCAUUGGUGAACGAAAUAUUAAUGGACGUUGGUUUGACAGAAUGUGCAAAUCGUUUGAUCGGUACUUCAAAUGACGAAGAUGGAAAGCUCAACUUAUCAGGAGGUGAACGUAAACGGUUGUCUGUAGCCACAGAAUUAUUAAUCAAGCCAGCUUUGCUAUUUUGUGACGAACCAACCACAGGUUUAGAUUCAUUUAGAGCUCUAAAUCUCAUGACCAUUAUGCGAAAUAUGACCGAUCAGAAAAAUAAAACCAUAAUUUGCUCAAUUCAUCAGCCUAGUGCGAAAAUAUUGGACCUGUUUCAUGAAAUAAUAUUGUUACAUGAUGGAAAAGUCGCCUUCAGUGGAACCACUCAUGAUGCUUUGGAAUUUUUCCAAAGUGUAGGUUAUUCCUACAAUAAAGAACAAAAUCCAGCUGAUUAUUUAAUUCAAAGUCUAUUAUCAACAGUUCCUGGACGUGAACUCGAUUCCAGCGAUAGAACUAAUGACAUUUGUUUGAAGUUCGAAAACAGUGAACAUUUUAAAAAUACGUGCGAGCGAGCUGAUGAUCAAGACUACCAUGAAAUUGAAAAGCUCAGUGGAUUAGAAGACGUCGAACAUAUUUCCUGGCUUCAUAAAUUUUAUUUAAUAACUUAUCGUGAAGUACUGGGUAUCGUAAGAGAUCCAUCUAGACGAUAUAUGGGGUUCAUUCAGCAAAUGGUGAUUGCUGUAAUUAUGGGAAUGUGCAUGAAAACACCUAACGUUUUGGAUCAAGAAAGCAUUCAGUCAAUCAAAGGAGUGUUAUCAAUGCUAACGACCGAGAAUUUCUUUCCUUACAUGUUCACAAGAUGGCAUUUCCCAGUAAAAAUGCCCAUGUUUAGGCGAGAAUAUUCUAACAAUAUGAACACGCCACUAAUUUUCUAUCUAUCGACUUACAUUUCUUUCCUUCCGAGAUUAUUGUUGGAUCCAAUCAUAUUUACAUCUAUAGCGUAUGAAUUGUUCGGACUACGUAAAAGUUGGUUCGCAUUCCUUGUAACCAUCUCAAUCAAUGUUCUACUCGCUAAUAUAUCAGCUUGUUUUGGAACAUUCCUAUCACUGGCAACGAAAAGUUCAGCGGCGGCUGAUGGCUGGUCGAUGGUUGUCUUUACAUUAAUCUAUCCAUUCAGUGGUUUUACAAUGAAUAUGAGAUCAAUCCCUGUGAUAUUUUUAUGGGUGCGGUAUAUUUACUGGAUGAGUUACACUCUCGAAUCUUUGUUAAUCGUAUACUUCCAAGGAGUAGAAUAUAUUCAGUGUUCAAAGACACCAGAUGUGCCAUGUUUUAAGACUGGCGAUGAAGCAUUAUACUCUAUGGGAUUCGAUAGCGAAAAUUUGCAACGAAACAUAAUCGCGAUGUGUUGUAUUUACUUAAUUUUUCAUGUGCUUAGUUUUAUUGCGCUGAAGAUCAGAUUAUAAGUGAGCAACCCUUAAUAUGUAGAUAUAUGUAGGUACCUAUACUUAAGUAACUAUAGACGAUGUUAUUUUCUAAAUAAAUAUGUACCUAUUUGAA